AUGGAGCUCCCUAGUGUCCACAACACCUCUGCUCAGGGUGACUCAGAUCAGCAUGCUAGAAAUUUACCUGCCGAGACUGCUCCCACCAGCACUAACCUGACCAUGAUGCAGUCGACAGCUGGCUCUGGGGACGUGGUCGAUCGCGGCAUUAUAUCGCUUGACAUGGCGCAAAUGUUGGUCUCAUUCUUUGUCAACGAACAAAUGCAAUUCUACCCAAUGGUUGUGCUGCCACCAAACACAAGUGCGGAAUCACUGCGCAGAACGAGCCCCGUACUCUUCCUGUCUAUUCUAGCUGCUUCAUCAAUGACCUUAAACCCUCACAUUUCGGAGACUCUGAACGAGGAGAUGCUCAAGCUAUUUGCAGACCGUUUUUUCCUCAGGCAGGAGAAAUCAGUGGAGCUGAUUCAAUCAAUCCUCUUGAUGCUUAUCUUCUACUUCCCCCCAAAGUCACGCUUACAAGGCCAAUAUUACCAAUACACACACAUUGCGACCACCAUGACCCUAGAACUUGGUAUAUCAGCCGGACCAGCGGGACGAAAAAACUACCGUUGUCAUGGCGGGUAUGGUGAUUUACCAGCUUCCAUCCAUAGUGCUCAGGCGCGAGCCGUACUGGGCUGCUAUCACUUCGCGUCCAACAUAGGAAUUCGAACACACCGACCGAAUAUGCUCCGCUUCAACGAUGUGAUAGACGGGUACAUAUGCCACCUCAGAGAAUCUACAAACGGACUGGACCAGCAAAUAGCGACAUGGUUUGACAUUCAACGGAUCGUUGACGAUACACUAUACUCACUGGGCCACGACAAUACCCUAGUGGACGUUCAUUUUCGUGAGUCGCAGAUGCUUCCAAUCCUGAAAUGGUUUGAUUCUCGAAUGUUGCGCUGGAAGAGGACGACCCCGAAAAACAUGCUCACAACAUGGAUGAACCUCGAAUAUCACUACAUGUACCUCGCCAUCUACGAACUUGCCGCUGGUGAAGGCUACCGCGAUCCCGACGCCCCCACCCGCAAAUAUUACACUCUCCCACCCUUGGAAGGCGACAUGGAACGACACAAAGCAAACGUGCCCUUAAGUGCUGCACGAGUCCAGAUAAUAACGAAGUGGAUGCUUGCCGCCCACCAGAUGCUGGACGCCUUCUUGAAAUGCGACACUUCCACCAUGCGCAAGCUACCUAACAUGACCUAUACACGGAUGGUCCUGGGCAUCUCAUCCCUACUCCGGAUAUAUCACACAGCCCAAUUUGGCCCUCUCGGUGAGGUUAUUACUUCAAAUAUGAUGGACGUUGAUGGCUACCUGGACCGCGUAUCAGAAGCUCUUUCACGAGCGAGUGGAGAGCAGAAGUACCGCGUCCCCAGCAAAUGGUAUCACGUUGUUGCGAUCAAAAAUCGAGAGUGGUAUGAACAGCUCCAGAAACGGAUAAUUGCUCGUCCGGGUGAUACGCAUACCUAUCUACGUGGCGGGGUUCCCCCACCAGCGCCGGGUGUCCCCAUUUUGGAACCUCACAGGGGCCCAGGCUCAGCUGCCAUACUACCCUCACUCGGGAGUGGCAUGGCAGGUCCCGCAUAUGCUGAACCAUGGUAUGUAGAUGAUGCCGCAGGAAGGGUUGAUCCGUCACGGCCUUUCCCUGCUAUGAAUGCACCAGUCUUGUAUAUGGGUCAGAUGCAGCCUGUAGAAGGAGAUAUCAAUGAGGCCGCGUUUCCAUUACCGUUGGGUGACGAACCGUGGCGGUUGGAUGAGUCGAUACAGGACAGCGUGACAUUCCCAUAUUGA